AUGAAACAGGCAAUUGAUGCAGUCUUAAGCAAAACUGCUGGCUAUAGAAAAGCAGCUCACUUGUCUAGAGUACCACAUACCACACUAGAGCGUCACGUCGUCGCUAAAAUAAGAAAAAGCGAGCUGUCUCACGACUCCACUCCAGGUAACUUCAAGCCCGUGUUUUCCAAACAAGAAGAAGAGAAGCUGGUAAGGUACAUUAUAGAAAUGGAGAAACGUUUGUUUGGUUUAACUACUAUCGUCCUACGGAAGCUAGCUUAUCAGCUAGCGAAAGAAAAUGGUAAAGCUCACAAUUUUAAUCAUGAUAAAAAGAUUGGUAGAAAUUCAGAUUUUUCAGCUGCAUCAACCACAGACGUACCGCUAGCAAACAAUGGGUCUGAAACUGGACCUUCAAAUGUCGGAAUUCAGCAACAACCACCGCCACCUAUCCUUGAAGAACAUCCACUUGAUGCAGAUUUGCCUGCUUUGACAACACCCAGCCUCAGCCUGGACUAUCAACAUUUAAUGAACAUAGCCUAA